CCAUCAUUUCUCCUUUUAGCAAUCCCUAAUUUCUCCCACUCUCACACUUUUUUUUCUCUUCUUAUUUCUAAAUUAGGGUUUUUUUUGUAUGUAUGGGAUGGAGAGUGGUAAUAGCAAUAAUAUUAUAGCUCCGUUCGUCAUGAAAACUUAUCAAAUCGUCAACGAUCCGAUCACCGAUCCGUUAAUUACUUGGGGUAAAGCUAACAAUACUUUCGUCGUCGUUGACCCUUUAGACUUUUCGCAACGGAUUUUGCCGGUUUAUUUCAAGCACAACAACUUUUCUAGCUUCGUUCGUCAGCUAAAUACUUAUGGAUUUCGAAAAGUUGAUCCGGAUAAAUGGGAAUUUGCCAACGAGUGGUUUCUUCGCGGGCAAAAGCAAUUACUGAAGAAUAUAGCUCGUCGCAAACAUAAUAAAAGUUCGGGUAAAUUCGAAGAGUUUGAUAAUGAAGAACUGGCUAUGGAAAUAGCAAGACUAAAGCAAGAACAGAGAGUGUUGGAUAAGGAACUUGAAGGCAUGAAUAAGCGUUUAGAAGCGACGGAGCGACGGCCGCAACAAAUGAUGGCUUUUCUUUAUAAAGUUGUUGAAGAUCCCGAUCUUCUUCCUCGUAUGAUGCUGCAAAAAGAAAAAACUAAACAACUUAAUAGCGACAAGAAGCGUCGUCUGUUGUUUUCUUCCCCGUCGACGUCGUCUUCUGGCGGAGCUGCCACUUCUAGUUCAGUGAAGUCUGAAGAAGAAGAAGCUGGGUUUGAUGGGGAUUAUAAUAGCAAAGUAUACAAUAAUUUUUGUCGGUCUUCAUCGUCGCCGGAGAUAAAUAUUGUAGGGUGGUUAGGUGAGCCGGGAUACUCAGGUGGAGGGAUUGAGGGUAAUAUGACAGUAGCAGUUUCUCCGUCGCCGCUAAUACUUGCGGGUAAUAAUUUGACAAGUUAUGGAGGCGGUGGUCAAAUGAGUUAUUUGGGAGAUUUUGCGGCGGAUGUGGACGCGAACGCAGCACCGCCGCCUUAUCCAUUUUCUCUUUUUGGAGGUGGAUUUUAGUUGAGUUUAGUUGGUUGUUAUUCACAUGAUUUCUCUUGCAUCCUAUCUUCUUUUUUCUUUUUAAUUUUCGUAUUUUAAUUAUUUUUUAGUUUUUUUCUCUAGUAAUAUUUUCAUGUAAAAAGAUUAAAAGAAGGCCAUAUACUGCUUAUGAUAAAUGUUAUUUUGUAUCAUAACCAAAAUAAAUAGAAAAUUCUUUUUGUAUAAA